UCCCUAGAUCCUAAUCCUUUAGAGUUCCCGUUUUCUUGGAAUUUCAUUUCUUCAUUCUUUUAGAGCAAGGGUUUUAUACGGUUCCACUUUUAAGCAAAAGAGCUGAGUUCUCCACCUUGAAAAAGGCUUAUCGUGGCUUCCAAAGAUUGACAGACAUUUCCCACAGUGCACCUGUAGUAAGGUGUGCAAGAAAUCAACCAAAAAUAUUUGUUUUCAUUAGCGAUAAUGUUAAAUUGACUGGACUAGCGUGUAACUGACAAGUUCGAUACGCGCGGACAAAAAAAAAAAAAAACUAAAACUACUUUAAAAGAAAACCAAAUAAAUCAUCAAAAAAAAUGUUAACAGAGUACUCGGGCAAUCUUUCGCAUCCUCUGGAGUUUGGCCAUGUUCUGGAAAUUGUGGCCAAGACCAUCGAUGGAGCUUCAAGAUUCCAUAUAAAUCUCUGUACGGCAAAAUCUUCGGUGGAUCCCGAGGCAGAUAUUGGUUUACGUUUCUCCUGCUAUUUUCGCAAUGAUCUGAUUGUGAGAAAUGCACGCAUGCAUGGCGUUUGGGGCGAAGAGGAAUCUGAGCCAAUGGGAGCAAUUAAUUUGCCAAAUCCCAUAGUCAGUGGAGAGUUCUUCAUGAUCUAUAUAUUGGCUUGUGAGGAUAAAUUUCACAUUUCGAUUAAUAGUCGAGAGUUUUGUACGUUUCGUUAUCGCUUGCCAUUAAGCGCCAUACGAGCUGUCGAAAUAAGGGAUCAGAUACAAGUUAUCAAGCAAGUCGAUCAUCGAACCAUAUUUCCCAAUCCGUGGCCCGCCAUACAUGCCUCGGAUUAUUUCAAGGCUUUUAGUAAUGAUCAGCCUAUAUUGUUUAGUCCCGGACAUGUCAUUGUCAUUACGGCACGCUGCUUUGAAAAUAAAAAGGGACAAUUCAUAGUUAAAUUCAUGGACUCGGAUACGAAACGAGAAGAAUUGCAUUUCAGUGUGCGUUUCGAUGAGAAAUGCGUGGUGAGAAAUUCGAUGAACAAGAAUUUUGAAUUUGGUCACGAAGAGCGACAUGGAGGCUUUCCAUUCGUUUUCAACCAACAAUUCAAAUUGGCUUUGGCAUUUACGGAACGUGAAGUUCUUACUGCUGUAGAUGGUUACAAUUUCUUUAGUUUUGCCUGGCGAACACCUAAUGCCAUGAUGAAUCUGGUGGGCUUUAAGCUAACCAACACCAAUGGCCUAGUCACACAGAUAACCGGCGUGGAUCAUUUGCAAACCGGCGAUCCUUCAUGUACGGCCUUUGAAAAGUAUUCGAGACAUGAUUAUGAAUGUGCCUAAAGCUAUUUUUAAAAUGUAUCCAAUUGUUUCCUAUGAUUUUUACGAUUCAAAUAAAGUCUGAACUUACAUUA